UGAAAUCCGUCUUCCAGUGCUGCUCCCCCCCCCCUUUCAACUUCAAAUGGGGGGUUCAAGCGUCCUCCGGUUAAUGAGUCUCGGUGCACACUAAUCUUCACUUAGGCCCAGAUUUUUAAUAGAUGGCGAUGUUUGAAUUCAACUUUUGUUCAUACUUUUGAAAUAAUUUUACUCCCUGAAGUGGUGCGAGGAGACUGACGUAUAUAGCAUGUAAAUCCUGAUAAUUUUGUAAAGGUUAUGGAACCAACCAACAGAGCAAAAAUAUUUGCAAUAGAUAAUCAAGAUUAAAUAUAUGAAGAAUGGAAGUUUGACAAUUCCUGCAUGUCAGCCAAUAUGCUUAAAGUUAAAUAUAUGUAGUUAACUCUACUUUUCAACAAGGCUUACGACCUCAUCCACUCAGUGAUGGAGAAGAAAAACUAUUAUGUUAUAUAUGCAAAGUAAGAAAAUAGUUCUCUAAAAAAUUAAAUAAAAAAAAUAUUUAUUCUAUCGAUUUUUGUAAAAUAUAUAUCAUGCGCACUAUCAGCAAGCAUAUCUAAUAGAUACUUUUGCAUAACUUCAUAGAUAUUUAUGUUUUAACAUGAUGAAAACUUUUAAUCAGAUCUUAUUUGUGUUGCAAAAGAUUUUCUAAAAAGCAUGCUUUAGCGAGGCAUAUUCUAACACUUGUGAAAGAAACGCCUAUCUGUGGAUCAUACAAUAUAAAAUAUUUUCUAAUCAAAAUACUCAAAUUUGGAAUAUAUGCAAGAUUACGAAAGGAUUCUGCAAAAUGUGUACUAAAGUCUUUUCUACGCAGGAAUAUAAAAUACCAUAAAUCUCGAUGCUUGUUAAAGAGAAACCAUUUGUUUGUAAUGUGUGCGAUAUAAUAUUUUCUCCCAAAGGAAGUUUAGACACAUUUUAGGACGCAUAUGAAAGAGAGUCCGUAUAUUUGUGGGGUUUGCAGUAAUGCGUUUUCUCAUGAAAGAAAUUUAAAGAUACAUUUAAGGACGCAUACAACAGAUAAUCCGUAUGCUUGUAAUGUGUGGGAUAACGUAUUUUCUCACGAAGGAAAUUUAAAGAUACAUUUAAGGACGCAUACGAAAGAGAAACCGUAUGUUUGUGAGGUUUGCAGUAAAGCGUUUUCUGAGCCAGGAACUUUUGAAGAAACAUUUAAGGACGCAUAAGAAAUAGAAACCGUAUGUUUGUGAGGUUUGCAGUAAAGCGUUUUCUGAGCCAUUUAAGGACGCAAACGAAAGAGAAACCGUAUGUUUGUGGCGUUUCCAGUAAGAUUCCAGUUUUCUCAACGAGGAAAUUUGAAUGUCUAUUUACUGAUGCAUAUAAAAUAGAGACCAGAAAUUUAUGAGAUAUGCAAUAAAGUAUUCUCUACGAGUACAUAUAAAGACACAUUUAAGGAUGCAUACGAAACAGAAACUAUAUAUUUGUGAGAUAUGCAAUAAAGUAUUUUCUCAAAGUGAAAAUUUAAAGCUACAUUUAAGAACGCAUACGAAAGAGAAACCAUAUAUUUGUGGGAUAUGCAAUAAAGCGUUUUCUCAACGAGGACAUUUAAAGACUCAUUUAAGGACGCAUACGAAAGAGAAACCAUAUAUUUGUGAGAUAUGCAAUAAAGCAUUUUCUCUAUGUGAAAAUUUAAAGAAACAUUUGUUGACUCAUAACAAAGAAAAACCAUAUAUUUGUGAGAUAUGCAAUAAAGCAUUUUCUCAACGAGCACAUUUGAAGACUCAUUUAAGGACGCAUACGAAAGAGAAACCAUAUAUUUGUGAGAUAUGCAAUAAAGCAUUUUCUCUACGUGAAAAUUUAAAGAGACAUUUAAGGGCGCAUACGAAAGAGAAACCACAUAUUUGUGAGAUAUGCAAGAAAGCGUUUUCUCAACGGGGAGAUUUAAAGACACAUAUAAGGACGCAUACGAAAGAGAAACCAUAUAUUUGUGAGAUAUGCAAGAAAGCGUUUUCUCGACGGGGAGUUUUAAAGACACAUAUAAGGACGCAUACGAAAGAGAAACCAUAUAUUUGUGAGAUAUGCAAUAAAGCGUUUUCUCAACGAGGACAUUUAAAGAAACAUGUAAGGACGCAUACGAAAGAGAAACCAUAUAUUUGUGAGAUAUGCAAUAAAGCGUUUUCUGAACGGGGACAUUUAAAGAGUCAUUUAAUGACGCAUACGAAAGAGACACCACAUAUUUGUGAGAUAUGCAAUAAAGCGUUUUCUCGACGGGGAACUUUAAAGACACAUUUAAGGACGCAUACCAAAGAGAAACCUUAUGUUUGUGAGACUUGCAGUAAAGCGUUUUCUCAUAAAGUAAAUUUAAAGAAACACUUACUGACGCAUACGAAAGAGACACCACAUAUUUGUGAGAUAUGCAAGAAAGCGUUUUCUCAACGGGGAGAUUUAAAGACUCAUUUAAGGACGCAUACGAAAGAGAAACCAUAUAUUUGUGAGAUAUGCAAUAAAGCAUUUUCUCUACGUGAAAAUUUAAAGAGGCAUUUAAGGGCGCGUACGAAAGAGAAACCACAUAUUUGUGAGAUAUGCAAGAAAGGGUUUUCUCAACGGGGAGAUUUAAAGACACAUAUAAGGACGCAUACGAAAGAGAAACCAUAUAUUUGUGAGAUAUGCAAGAAAGCGUUUUCUCAACGGGAAGAUUUAAAGACACAUAUAAGGACGCAUACGAAAGAGAAACCAUAUAUUUGUGAGGUAUGCAGUAAAGCAUUUUCUGUGGCAGGAAGUUUAGAGGGACAUUUAAGAACGCAUACAAAAGAGAAACCAUAUAUUUGUGAGAUAUGCAAUAAAGCGUUUUCUCAACGAGGACAUUUAAAGACUCAUUUAAGGACGCAUACGAAAGAGAAACCAUAUAUUUGUGAGAUAUGCAAUAAAGCAUUUUCUCAAUGUGAAAAUUUAAAGAGACAUUUAAGGGCGCAUACGAAAGAGAAACCACAUAUUUGUGAGAUAUGCAAGAAAGCGUUUUCUCAACGGGGAGAUUUAAAGACUCAUUUAAGGACGCAUACGAAAGAGAAACCAUAUAUUUGUGAGAUAUGCAAUAGAGCAUUUUCUCUACGUGAAAAUUUAAAGAGACAUUUAAGGGCGCAUACGAAAGAGAAACCACAUAUUUGUGAGAUAUGCAAUAGAGCAUUUUCUCUACGUGAAAAUUUAAAGACACAUAUAAGGACGCAUACGAAAGAGAAACCAUAUAUUUGUGAGAUAUGCAAGAAAGCGUUUUCUCAACGGGGAGAUUUAAAGAAACAUGUAAGGACGCAUACGAAAGAGAAACCAUAUAUUUGUGAGAUAUGCAAUAAAGCGUUUUCUCUACGAGGACAUUUAAAGAGACAUAUGAGGACGCAUACGAAAGAGAAACCGUAUGUUUGUGAGGUUUGCAGUAAAGCGUUUUCUCAACUAGGAAAUUUAAAAACACAUUUAAGGACGCACACGAAAGAGAAACCCUAUAUUUGUGAGACUUGCAGUAAAGCUUUUUCUGAGCCAGUAAAUUUAAAGAAACAUUUAAGGACGCAUACGAAAGAGGAACCGCAUUUUUGGAAUGUAUGCAAUAAGACGUUUUCUAUUGGAAACAUUUUAUAUUAAUAUUUUCUGACGCAUGCGAAAAAAAAAAGCCUCUGUGUGUAAUUUAGGAUUUACUGCAAAACAAAUGUUGCAGUUCCAUUUACCAACCGAUUCUAAAGAGUGGCUACAAAGAGUGUCUGUAGUGUUUGUGAUGGGUGUAAUAAAGUAUUUUCUGGUCGAACAUUGUAAGGAGAUAUUCAUUGAAGCAUACAAAAGGAAAAUCCUCAUGCCUGCAAAAUAUGCAACAACACGUUUUCUCUGCGAGGAAAUAUAAAAGUGCGUUUAUAGGCUUAUACGAAAUGAAAAUGAGAGAAAUAAAGCCUUUUCUAAACCGUUAAGUUUAAAGCCACAUUUACUUGCCACAUUACUAACUACAAGAAAACCCCGCAUGUUUGCGAUGUAUACAAGAAAAUUUUUUGUCGUCGGAGUAAUUAUCAAAAUAUUUUCUGAUGCAUAAUACUAAGCAACCGCAUCGCUACAAGUUGUGCUCUUAAGGUGUUUUUUUUUUUUUUUUUUUUUUUUUUACACUUUAAGGAAAUUUGAUGUUGCAUUUACUGACACAUAUGAAAAAGAAAUCUUAUAUAUGUGUGUGGAUUUUGGCCAUAAUAUUUAAUUCAAUGACGGCGUAAAUAAUAAUAUUUUGAUUUAAAGGAAACAUUAAGAAGUUUUUUGCUAGUUAAUGGAAUACAUAUAUAAAUCUCAGAAAAACGAAAGAAAGUGCAAUUGGCUCGUGCAUCGCAUGAUUAAUUUGCUUGCACGAGAAUGCAGCUUAAACUGCGACGUCAUCUUGGGAAAGCAGGAUCACCACAGUACUCCCAUAUAAGCUCUAUGAUUACCCCGCCUCCCUCUAUUAGUACAGCAGGCACUAGGAUGAGAGAUAACGAUGGGCAAUCUGGUCAUCGUUACUUCUCAUUCCUGUGGUACUAAUCGACGGCCAGAUCUUUGUUACAUAGAAUUCGGAGAGAAGUCAUUAGUCAACGGAGAAGGUUAAGGUACUGAUUGCUUUGAAGAUGGAAUUGCAGCUGAUGGGGGCGAUAUGAUUGGUGCAUGUGAUUGAUGAGAAUUUUCCGAUGAACGCAUGCUUGACACGAUCAAUGCUGAUCGUAGAUUCCUUGCCGUUCUCCUCAAUUGUGAAGGUUUUAUCAGUAUGUCUGAGUACACAGUAAGGGCCAUCAUGCGAUGCUUGCAGGGGUUUCUUAAUUGCGUCGUGGCGUACGAAACAUGAGUGCAAUACACUAUAGCUUGAUGUGUGAACACUUUUUUUAUAAUCACGAGAUGUAGCUGACGCAGAUUUGAGUUGUUCCAUCACAGUUCGUAAAUUUUGUAAAAACCCAUGAGGUUCGACGUUAAGUGAAUUGGCCUCAGAAGUUCCUCAGAUAGUUUCAGACAUUAGUUACACCAAUUCUGCUGAUGUGGGCACCGCAGAUCUUUCUUAAAUACCGUUCUGAGUCCGAGUAAAACUAGUGGAAUGGAUUCUGUCCAUUUCGCGGGUGCGUGUCAUCUGAGACUUUGUUUUAAAGAACGAGGAAAUCGCUCGAUUUAUUUGCAACGGAACUCGAGAUCGAAGUAAAAUUUAAAGAAGAAAUUUAGUUGCAUAUAUUAAAAAGAAACUAUGUAUUUGACAUUUUUUUGUUGAAGAUUUUCUAUAGUCAUUAUUGAUUACGAGUUUAAUGAAGCACACAUAACACCACUUCAUGCCUCUGCAACUAUAACCUAUUGAUUAUUAUUUAAAUAGUGUAGUGAGCAUGAAAUGGGUGAAACAUCAAAAGACGCUUCUGUUCUAUCCAUCGCUGUGACUUUCAUCCAAAUUGUUCGACGUCUGAUAUUUAUUUAUUGAAAUUUGGUAAGAGGAUUUUAAUAUUAGAUUAAAAAAAAUAGCCGAGAGCAAAGAACUGGUUAAAAUUCAAAUGGGAAAUGGCUUUGGCUUAUUAAGCAAACUAUCAAGGAGAAACUGAAAACUUAUGCUAGAUAAACAGACUUGCAAUUAGUUUGUAAUUACAAAAUUCUGAAAAAAUAAUAAUAAUAAAAUUAUUGACAAAAAAGGCUGCUAGAAAUGAGAAAAAUGGGAAAAAAAAGAAUAGGACAAAAAAAAAUACAAAUACAAAUAAAUGCUAUGCAGAAACACGAAAGUAAUAGAAUAUCAAUAUAUAUGCGUAUAAUACUAUUCUUGGAAACAGCGUUCUUUAAAUCUGAACAGGUCUUGAUCUUGUUCGAGAUGACGAAUGAUUCUCUGUAUUUUCAUCCCGGAUCCUUGGGAAGAGGCAACACUACGAAACCAAAUUCGUUCUAGUUCAGACCGUUGCCUGGUCAUUUGAAAAAGGGAUUACAUACUGUUGGAUAGUGAAUUGGAGUGGGACCAAGAUGUCCGCAAGGGCAGAAUGCAUUUGGGAUCAGAUUGAAACGGCGAAGAUGUGGGGAGAAUGGCCCAUGGAAUGUAAAGAAAAGCUUCCCUUUUCCAGUUACUUGGUUCAAGAGAGACUUUGGGGAGCAUAUUGAAUGUAGAUCGCCCCGUGUCUCCGUCUUCCGAAUCCUUUUGCCACUCUUUCGUCAUUUUCUGCUUGAAGAACGAUUUUAGGUAGGAUUUUAGUGUGACAUAAUUUAAUGUUUGAUUCCGCGGUUUCUUUCGCUAGGCUCAUAUCCCUCAUACCUAACGUGGGCUUUAAUCCAGGAAACUUUUAUUUGUCGGUGUAUGAUUAGCUUUUUUCAAAUGGCCCUCGCAACUGGAUUCGGUUUCGGGGGCCUGGCUGCGCUUGCACUGUGGCUUGGUUGUGAACUAAUAUCGUGAAGUGUUGUGGAAUAAGCAUACAAAUAAAUCAAAAUCAUGCGUUAGGGAAGUGUCUUGUUUACCUUUUUCUAGUAAUGUAGAUUUAAGAUGUCAUUUAUUGACUUUCACAGUCUAAACUUGCACUGGUUUUUUCUAGCUUUUAUCAGUUUUAGUUAUAUUAACAUCCCGUUUUAAAGUAACUCGGGAUAUUUUUUGGCAAACUCGUAAUUUGAAACCGCGGUCAGAUGACGAGGAUACGGGAGUAUGUUUGACCCUGACGGAUUUAACGUGGACCAGACAAUUUUACACAACGGUUCUUCGUUGGAAUCCGAUUUCGACCUCAACCCCAUCGGCUUCAAAGUCAAGACCUUACCACCAGUCCAUUUUACUGACACAUCAAAGAGGGAAAUAAUAUUUUUGAGAUUUAAGUAAUAAAGUAUUUCCUUUACACAUCUGAAGAUGUUUUUACUAAUGUUUGCCUAAAACUUUGACGUAUUCUGUGAAGCUUUACCUCAGAGGCCCGUUUCAGGAAGCAUUUAAUAAUGAAUGUAAAAAGUGAACUAAACGAGUGUGAAUUUUAUGUUGAAUUAUUUUCUCCGAAAGAAAAUUCUUAAAACAUAUUUACUGAGAAAUUGAAAGGAGAAUCAUUGUGAAUUUGACAUUUUUUAAAGAAUUUUCCGUGAAAAAAAAUUGAGAAUAUAUUUACUGACAUAUAUAAAAGAAAAACCGUCGAAUGUGACAUUUUUGGCUAACGUUUUUCCCUAACGAAUGAUUUGAUGAAAAUGUAUUAUUUUUAUAUUAAAUGCCACAAAAUAGGCAUUUCCAUGUUA